AAUUAUUUCUCAACCAUCAAAGCCAAAACAUAAUCACUCUUCCAUCGAUUUUUCCCACCAAUGGCAACCGCUAAUUCCAAACCUUUUCAACUCAAAACCAUCUUCACAUUCCUUUUCAUUCUAGCUCUCACAAUCACCUCCGCCACCUCACGUAGAAUCCUUGAUGAGGAGCCCACCACUCCCACCGUUGCACCAGAAGCACCUGAUGCUGACGAGGCCCCAGCUUCAGGGGCAGCUGUAGGUGCCGAUGUUGCAACUCCUAUUGGUGCGGGAGCUGCAACUCCUGUUGGUGUAGGUGCUGGUAUUCCAGCAACUGGUGGUGCAGGUGUUACGGCACAUGCAGGUGCUGCAACUCCUGUUGGUGCAGGUACUGGUAUUCCAGCAUCUGGUGCUACAGAUGUUGCAGCACCUGCAACACAUGCAGGUGCUGCAACUCCUGUUGGUGCAGGAGUUGCAACUCCUAUUGGUGCAGGUGCUGGUAUUCCAGCAUCUGGUGCAGGAGCUGCAGCUGGUGCAGGUGCCGGCCAUGCUGGUGCAGCUGUAGCAGGUGGAGCAGCUGAAAACGAUCACAUAUUUUCAUUCUUUUUGCAUGAUAUUCUCGGAGGAUCAAACCCUUCAGCUGUAGCUGUAACCGGUGUAGCAACCAACCCUUCACUGAGCGGCCAAGUUCCAUUCGCAAAGCCAAAUGGCGCGGUUCUAGCAGUGGACAACGGUGUCCCCGUCAACAGCAACAACAACGGAAUCAUCAGCAACAACAACAUCCCUUUUCUCACAGGCCUUAGCGGAACCACUCCUACUGUAAUUCAAAACAACGGAAACAACAAUAUCAUCGGUGGAGGUGCCGGAUACCCUGCCCUUAACACGGCUCAAUUAGGAUCAGGAGUCACUUUCCAAAAGCUCAUGUUCGGUACAAUGACAGUGUUCGACGAUGAAUUAACAGAAGGUCCUCAGCUUAACUCGGGCUUAGUUGGAAAAGCGCAAGGUUUUUACAUAUCUAGCUCAGAAGAUGGCACUAGCCAAACUAUGGCUUUUACAGUGAUGUUUCAUAGUGGAAGCUAUAGUGAUAGCCUUAGCUUCUUUGGGGUUCACAGGAUUAAGGUAUCUGAAUCACAUCUUGCUAUUAUGGGUGGCACUGGAAAGUAUGUUAAUGCUAAGGGACUUGCCACUGUUAAGACUUUUCCAGCUGCAAAUCAACAAACAGAUGGAGUGGAGACAUUGUUGCAUGUUACUGUGUAUCUUGCUUAUUAG